AUGUUCAAUAUUGCAGAAUCCAACGAUAAUAUUCUUCAGCAAUUUGGGCUGACCCAUUCAACUUCGGAUAUUUUCUUAGCUAAUCAUAGACAUAAUCCGUUUGUGCAUGUCGAUAUUGAACGAUUCCAUAAUCGGAGAAAAAUUGGAAUUGGUAAUUUUGGCACGGUAUAUCAUGCAAAAUUAGACGGUCAUCGAGAUGUGGCAAUAAAAACAUUGAAUAACGGAUACAGUACAAAUGACUUAAAUAAUCCAUCGAUAAUCAACGGAUUAUUGAACGAGGCAAAUAUUAUGGCUCAACUAAAUCAUCCGAAUUUAUUAAGUAUGAUUGGUGUUACAAUUGUAAGAGGUGCAUUGGGUAUUGUCACCGACUACAUGUGGAACGGUUCGUUGAAAGAUUAUUUUCGAACUUAUAAAAGUAUUUUCCAACAGGCUAAUAUUACCGAAGUUAAUCAGUGUUUAAAUCAAUUUGCUCGUCAAAUUCACAAUGCAAUGGUCUACUUAGAACAAAAUUUUAUUAUACACCGAGAUUUAGCAGCAAGAAAUUGUCUACUAGACGCCUAUGGUCAAAUUAAAGUGGCUGAUUUUGGAUUUACAAAAUUUACCAAAAAUGGUAUUUACACGGGAAAUCACCAAACAAUUUGUGCUAUUCGUUGGACAGCACCGGAAGCAUUGUCGCUUCAGCUCUACAGUCCAAAAUCCGAUGUUUGGAGUUACGGUAUUGUUCUAUGGGAAAUUUAUACACUGGGCCAGAAUCCAUACGGUGAUAUGUCGGAGCGUCGCGUCCAGUAUUGUGUUGAGCAAUUGCCGAUUGAACAAAUACUGUUAGAACCAUAUUUUGGCUCCACGAAUAUAUAUCAUAAUCUUAUUCUUCGAUGUCUCAGAAAAGAUUUGGAAUCUCGACCAUUCUUUUGUCAAUUACAACCAUACGUUGACAUGUUUUUAACGUGA